AUGAUUUUGACUGAUAUUUCGUCCAGCAACGCUCGCCUUGCCCUGCGAGUCUAUUUCUUGAUAAUUGUCGGCCUCAUAACAUGGCUGGCCGAUGGUGUUUUGCAGUACAGAGCCCAGCUUAGAGUCUUGAAACAUGGCAGCAUUCGCGUCCACACAGCUCUGGGCUGGCUGCAGGGUUUCCAGCUGGUAAAAUCGGUGUGGGAUCUCCGCCAGCUUCCCGGCGGCGCACUUGGAUACAGUGUGAUGGUCAUCUUAUUCGCAUUGUCGAAGAUCACUGACUUGCUGACCGCGAUCUUCGUCGUCCAAAUUGAAGUGAAGUCACGGUGUCUGUUCGGGCAAGGUCUGGUCCUGAACACCACCGGACCUUUCUUAUUGACCGCACCCCCGUCAAACGGAAUGCCCUACAUUGUCGCUCACAAUGCUCAAUACUUCAGUCUCAAUAACACAUGUCCCAUUGGGAUUUACGCCAAAGUCAACCAAGACUUCAAUGUCUGCCCCGACGCACAAGAUAUUCUGGGGAGUUGGGUCUGUUCCACCGUCGGUACUCGAACAUAUAGCGCCGCUUACAAUCAAGAAGCUCUAGCUGCGAAUCUGAUUGAGCAAGGUUUACUGUACGCCAGCCCCACCGCGGAUUAUUCUGGCUUCGCGGACGGCUAUUACAACCACCUCGCGCUUUGGAGUAGCUCGACAGGUCUCGCCACCGAAAACUCCAACGAUGUCUGGGACGUGCGCGCAGCCAUACAAACCAACGCCUCCCCGUUCGAGGACAACGUCAAUAUGCUCGCCAUGUCCUGCCACAUGAAUGCCACUCUUGCGGAGACCAUAACGGGGGCGAUGAAUUCGACAGUGGCUCUUGACACGUGGAAGGCCACUUUUCAGGGCCUGAUGUACUAUGGCACUGGCACACGGUCGAUUUCCGAUCCAGCGCUUGAGCUGGCGAUUCUUCUUAAUACUAUGACAAUGGUACAAGGGGGCAAUAAUAUUCUUCUUUCCAUCCCGGCGCAGGAUGCGGACCAGACACAAGGGUGCGUUAUCUCAGCGACUAAUGUGCCCUUGGUCAUGGAGGCACUUGUGUUGAUUGUUGGCGGAUUGUUCGUCGGACUGGUCUUGUUGUCGAUUAUUUAUGCUUUGAGACUACGACUCAUCCGUCGCGAAGUGCGUGAGUCGCUUAAGUACCUGCCUGAUGGGGUCAUCGGGUGGGCGGUCAAGGCUGCUCAAGAGCACUGUGAUCAUGAUGAUCCAGAUCCAGGUCAGCAUGCGAGAGUCGAACGCCGAGAUUUAAAGAAUUGGUUGAUUGGCUAUGAGGGUGGGGAGGCAAGGCUCAGGUUACAACAGCAUUGUUGA